ACUUUCGGCGUCCGAAAUCGCUCUCCAGCACCAACUUCUCGCGACAAUGCAUGCCAUUAUUCGUCACAUUUAACGGUGAUAUUUCAUCCGCCGAUUUGAUUCCAUGAAUCAUGGCCAAUCUCGAUUCAGAACCAGAGCAAGUUCCUUAUUUGACGCCCCUUCUCGCUUCAAGUUCAAAUCCGAAUCAAAACGACAUUGAAGUAGAUGAAGCACAACAAGAAGAGAAUGAUGAAGAGGUUCGACUGGAUCAAACACUUCGACGUUUGGAAACGUUUCUCACUGUACUUGGGUUCAAUCAGUCUUCGGUGUUAGGCUUUGCUCUGUCUUGGAGUGCGUUCAUGGCUGUCGGUGUGGUAGUUCCGCUAUUGGCGCUUCAUUUCAGUGAUUGCUCCAACUGUGAAAAGUAUCAGAUUAGGAAUUUUGAGAUGGACGUUGUGGCCCUUCAGGCGUGCCUCGCCGCCGUCUCCUUGGUUUGCCUCUCCCAUAAUCUGCGCAAGUACGGUUUAAGGAGGUUCCUCUUUGUUGACCGUCACAGUGGGCAAAUAGCCAGCUUUCGCAAAGAUUACGUUAAACAAAUUUUGGAGUCUAUGCGCUUGCUCGUUCUGUGGCUACUGCCAUGUUUCCUGUUGAAGAUGGCCCGAGAAAUCAUUCGCCUUAUAUAUGUACGUCGUGAGUCAUGGUGGCUCUCAGUUGCUAUUUUAUUAGCUUUAACAAUAUCUUGGACUUAUGUGAGUACAAUCUCUCUAUCAGCCAGCAUUUUGUUUCACUUGGUCUGCAAUUUGCAAGUUAUCCACUUCGAUGAUUAUGGGAAGCUCUUAGAAAGGGAAUCUGAUGUGUUAGUAUUCAUGGAAGAGCACAUACGGUUGCGUUAUCAUCUCUCAAAAAUAAGCCACAGGUUCAGAAUAUAUCUUCUUCUGCAAUUCUUGGUUGUCACAACUAGCCAAUUCGUGACUCUGUUACAGAUCACAGUAUACGGGGGAAUAAUUUCUUUAACAAAUGGUGGAGAUUUUGCUGUCUCUACACUUCUGCCGGUCGUUGGAAUCAUUAUUUGCCUGCAUGCAGCUACAAGAAUCUCUCAUAGAGCUCAAAACAUAGUUUCUCUUGCUAGUAGAUGGCAUGCAUUGGCAACGUGCACCUCUUCUGAUGCAUCUCAAUUGAGAAAUUCCGUUAGCUUAGGGAAUUUGGAGGCUGCAAACCGUUUGAAUUCAUUAUAUUUGGAUUACUCUGAAAGUGACGUAGAGUCAUUGGAUUACAUUGGGAUGUCUACUAAUACCCAGCUGGCUUCUUAUAUGGCAUCACAGCACAAGAGGCAAGCCUUUGUGAUGUAUUUGCAAUCUAAUCCUGGAGGAAUCACAAUUUUCGGAUGGACAGUUGACCGGUCUUUUGUCAACACGAUAUUUUUCAUUGAGCUGAGUCUAGUUACCUUUGUGCUUGGCCAGACCAUAGUUUAACGUGAAUCGUGCACGCUGCGAACGCUAAGAAACCCUUCAUGCAUGGAUUUCGUCAUUUUUGAUUGAAAGCUUCCAGGCAUAUCGAUAUCCCAUUGAUAGCUCCUCCUUGGCAAGGUAUGGAAGUGAUGUAAGCUGUUCCUCUUUGUUACCUUACACAGUAGCCUAGCAGAGGCAGACAUGGGAUGGAAACAGUGGUAAAUUCUUCUGCACAUCCUUUGAAAGUUAUUGCACUGAUGCAAUUAUGUGUCGCAUUAGAAGAAUAUACAAGGUAAUGACUGUCAAAAUAUAAAGAUUGAGUUGAAAUAUGGAUAUAUAACAUUAUUUCAAAUUGACAUCGAGUCAAUAUACUUUGACAGCUUUUACUAUGCUGUUAAAUAUGUCAUGUAGUGAUUGUACCAAUACAAUAUAUAUAUCUUAUAUAUGGACAGACAGCUUCUUGUCAUUCAUUGGUUUCAGAACAGUAGUAACUAGCUCUGCAAAAAUGGCUUGGUGCAAAAUUUGGCCA